AUGACCAUGGUCACUCAUUCCACGCCCUCGGCCCCGCAGACAGACCUGAAGACGGUUGUCGAAGCUCGGACUCGGGAAUGGCACUUCCACAUAUAUUUCUUGCUACAGUCUCCGACUGAAACUGCCGCCGCCCUUGCUAUCCGUGAUGCUGUUUUGAGGCUCCGACGCGAUGGCGCGUUCGUAGCUGUGCCUUUAUUCAGGGUGAAUGAGUUUCCCAUCGGGCCACACCCGGCAGGGUCAUACGAGAUUUGGGUUCCUGACUCCUCAUUUUCUGAUGUCUUCUUCUACUUGGCAUCAAAUCGAGGCAACUUGAGCGUUCUUGUCCACCCUUUGACCUCGCUUCAACGUCGAGACCAUGAAACAAGGAACGCCUGGAUGGGUACCCCAUGGCCAAUCUACCUUGAUAGCUUGCCGUACGAUGGCGAUAUUCCUCUCCAAUAUCCUGAACUGGGUCUUGGUUGGUCCACGUCCCCAGAGCAGGAGGUCUCUCUAGAGGAGCGAUUGAGACAGGGUGCAAAGGUUGAGGCUCUAUUGGUUGACGAUCCUGAGGCUGCACCCGCGCCGAAGGAUUGA